AUGUUUCCUCCAUCAAAUGCGUGUCCAGCAGCAGACCCAGACCCACGUGACGACGUUGGAAAACAUAACCCUCAAUUAUUAUUGAAUAUUAUUAUUCGAUUCUUUAAAGCCAUUGUUUAUUUUUGGUAAAGAAUUUGGCAAUAAUUUUAUGAUAAGAAGAAUGAAGACUGAUGCAGUAAUAACAGACGUAAUAGUUGUUUCAAAAGAUAAAAGUUGUCUACAACCUAUAAUUGUCAAUUUCCAAAAUGGACAAUUAAAAGAUGAUGAGACGAAUAAUAUGAAAUGUGGUUUAUUUUCUUCUAAUAAACAAUGCGGAAAAACUGUUCUGGCUUUAUCAAAUGGAAAAAUUGUGUACAAAGGUUAUAGGCCAGAUGUGGAUAAGGAACCAAUGUGUACAAUGUUAGCUAUUCGUGACAAAAUAACGGGCAAAAUUAAACUUAUUCAAGCUGAAAGAUGGAACGUUGCACCGGUUUUGAAUCGUAAUUUAAACAAUGACCAUUAUACAGACACUGAUAAAAUCGCAACUUUAAAUAAGCAGUUUGGUUCAAAGAAAGUUAAAAGGAAAACGGAAUUACAUGAAAAAAUGAAGAUUAGUGGGGAAUCAGUUAAAGAACUUUUGGAGAAAACUGUUUCAAAUGUGGAAAAAAUGGAUGAUGGUGGUGGUGGUUCUUUAGAUAUCCAAGAAGAAGCAAGCUCUAUUUUGCCCCCUUGUAACAGAGAAGCAAUUAAUGUAGCUGAUGUUUAUGACAUCAAUGAUAUUGCUCCAAUGGAAAUUUUAAAAACUUUAUUUCAAGUGAAAAUUGAAUCAGUGGAAACCGCUGCUGCUGCUGCAUUGGAUGGGAAAUCGAUAUUUUUUAAACAGACUUUGGAAUAUUUGAAAACACUUUCAAAUUUUAAUAAAAAACUAGCAGUCUUAUUGUAUAUCGAUGCUGUAACAACAUGGUUAAAACUUCCUAUUAAGGAUGCAAAAAAACGUGGCACUGAAAUAUGUUCUUUUUCAAGGAAAGUUAAUGACUUUGUCAUGGAAAAAUAUAGCGUAAAUAGUGUUAAUGGAAGAUUGCGACCAAAUAGUAUUAAAGAUAAAGGUAUUAUUCAUUGUAUGAUAUUGGCUCUUUUGAUAAAUGAUUAUUCAUUAGAUUUGGAAUUAUUUGCAACUGAAAUUGGAGGUCGUAUUAGUCUUAAAAAAAUGACUGACUUUGCAAGAUUAAUUUGUGCUGUACCUCUAAAAGAUAAUAAGAAAAUUGUUGUUUUAAAACUUCCAUUACCAACUCCAUCAUUAUCUACAUUCACUAAUCGAAGAGUUCGCGGUAAAUAAUUUCAUAUAAUUAUCAAGAAUUUUUGUUAUAAAUGUUGAUUAUUAAAUGUAAGCAUAUUAAUUGUUGUCAUAUAAACAAAAGAGUUUUUAAAUUAUUUAAAGACAAAAAAAACUUGAAAAUAACAGUGUAAUGUUUACAGAAUUUGUUUGACUGCUUACUACGAUUGUUUAAAUGUGUUCCUUUUCUUCUUUAUAUUAUACUCUAGUAAAAUACAAUUUAUUCAAGUU